AUGAUGAUGAUAACUAGUAUAGGGUAAUGUCAAUUGCCAUAGCUACAUUCUUCUCUACCACAGAUUCCCACAAGGUCUCAGACUCCAGGAAAAUGCUUCUAAGAAAGAAACAGAAGAAGACAGAGACAAGUUGUCGAUUUCCAUUUCUCAUGUUAAAUACUAUUGAAGUAAUAUGCCUACAGGUUCAUCUGCCUCACCUAAAGCCCAUUCUGGUGGGAAGCUGCUAUAGACCACCAAGUGCUAAAAGUCAAUAUCUGGAUAAUAUAUGUGAAAUGCUUGAUAAUGUAUGUGAUCUCAACAGAGAGGUAUAUUUCCUGGGUGAUUUAAAUAUUGACUGGCUUUCAUCAAGCUGCCCACUCAAGAAAAAGCUUCAAACUGUAAUCAGUGCCUGCAACCUGGUUCAGGUUAUCAGUCAACCUACCAGGGUAGUUACAAACCGCACAGAAAUGAAAUCAUCAACAUGUAUUAAUCACAUCUUUACUAAUGCUGCAGAAAUUUACAUUAAAGCAGUUUCCAAAUCCAUAGGAUGUAGUGAUCACAAUAUAGUAGCCAUAUCUAGGAAAGGAAAGGCUGGGCCUAAUAUAGUGUAUAAGAGGUCAUACAAUAAGUUCUGUAGUGAUUCCUAUGUUGUUGAUGUAAAUAAUAUUUGUUGGUCCGUGGUGUGUAAUGAGGGGCAAAUAGACACUGCACUUGACACAUUUAUGAAAUUGCUUAUUCCAGUUACUAAUAAGCAUGCACCCAUUAAGAAAAUGACUGUAAAACUGUUAAAUCCCCGUCUUUUGAUGAGGAAUUGAAAAAUUGUAUGGUUGAGAGGGAUGACGCAAAAGGUAUGGCAAAUAAUUCUGGCAGCACAACCGAUUAGCAAACGUACUGCAAAUUGAGAAAUCAUGUGACUAAACGAAAUAAAAAGAAGAAGAAACUAUAUUAUGAAACAAAAAUAAUUUAUAUAAAGAACGAUAGUAAAAAGCUCUGGAGCAGCUUCAAUGAACCUUUGGGCAAAAAGGCAAACUCGGCUCCAUCAUUUAUUGAAUCACAUGGCUCAUUCAUCAGAAAACUCAUUGAUAUUGCCAACUACUUUAAUAUUUUUUUCAUUGGCAAGAUUAGAAAACUUAGACAUGACAUGCCAGCAACAAACGCUGACACUACACAUGAAAGUAUAUAUGACCACAUUUUGAAAGACAAACAUUGUAAUUUUGAAUUCCGUAAAGUGAGUGUGGAAGAGGUGAACAAAUUAUUGUGACAAGCCACCGGGGUCAGACAACCUGGAUGGAAAAUUACUGAGGAUAAUAGCGGACGAUAUUGCCACUCCUAUUUGCCAUAUCUUCAAUUUAAGCCUACUAGAAAGUGUGUGCCCUCAGGCCUGGAGGGAAGCAAAAGUCAGUCCACCAAAAAUAGUAAAGUCCCCUUUACUGGCUCAAAUAGCCGACCAAUCAGCCUGUUACCAACCCUUAGUAAACUAUUGGAAAUAAUUUGUUUGACCAGAUUCAAUGUUAUUUUACAGUAAACAAAUUGACAAUAGACUUUCAGCACGCUUAUAGGGAAGGACAUUCAACAGCACUUACACAAAUGACUGAUGAUUGGCUAAGAGAAAUUGAUGAUAAAAAGAUUGUGGGGGCUGUGUUAUGGCUUUACACCCCCUGCUGUAUUGUGGAUAAAGAGUUACCUGCCUAACAGAACACAGAGGGUGUUCUUUAAUGGAAGCCUCUCCAACAUAAUCCAUUUAGAAUUAGGAAUUCCCCAGGGAAGCUGUCUAGGCCCCUUACUUUUUGCAAUCUUUACUAAGGACAUGCCACUGGCGUUGAGUAAAGCCAGUGUGUCUAUGUAUGCGGAUGACUCAACACUAUACACGUCAGCUACUACAGCGACUGAAAUUACUGCAACACUUAACAAAAAGCUGCAGUUAGUUUCAGAAUUGGUGUUAGUCCUUAAUAUUUCAAAAACUAAAAGCAUUGUAUUUGGGACAAAUCAUUCACUAAACCCUAAACCUCAACUAAAUUUUAUAAUGAAUAAUGUGGAAAUUCAGCAAGUUGAGGUGACUAAACUGCUUGGAGUAACCCUGGAUUGUAAACUGUCAUGGUCAAAACAUAUUCAUACAACAGUAGCUAAGAUGGGGUCUGUCCAUAAUAAAGCGCUGCUCUGCCUUCUUAACAACACUAUCAACAAGGCAGGUCCUACAGGCCCUAGUUUUGUCGCACCUGGACUACUGUUCAGUUGUGUGGUCAGGUGCAACAAAGAAGGACUUUGGAAAAUUACAAUUGGCUCAGAACAGGGCAGCACAGCUGGCCCUUAAAAGUUCACAGGGAGCUAACAUUAAUAAUAUACAUAUCAAUCUCUCAUGGCUCAAAGUGGAAGAGAGAUUGAUUUCAUCACUGCUUGUUUUUGUAAGAAGUGUUGACAAGCUGAAUUAAUAUGCUAUUUAAUUUAAUAUGCCAUUUAGCAGACGCUUUUAUCCAAAGCGACUUACAGUCAUGUGCGCAUACAUUUUUACGUAUGGGUGGUCCUGGGAAUCGAACCCACUACCCACUACCCUGGCGUUACAAGCGCCAUGCUCUACCAAUUGAGCUCGGUACAUUCAUUGAGGUGAAUGUACCGAGCUGUCUGUUUAAACUACUAGCACACAGCUCGGACACCCAUUUAUACCCCACAAGACAUGCCACCGGAGGUCUCUUCACAAUCCCCAAGUUCAGAACAGACUAUGGGAGGCGCACAGUACUACAUAGAGCCAUGACUACAUGGAUCUCUAUUCCACAUCAGGUUACUGAUGCAAGCAGUAGAAUCAGAUUUAAAAAACAGGUACAAAUACAACUUAUGGAACAGUGGGGACUGUGAAGAGACACACACAGGUACAGACACACGCAUACACACACAAGCGCUAGCACACGCACUCUACACACACGUACAUUGUAAUAUUGUUGUAUGGUGAUAUUAUACAUUUGGUAUUGUAGAUAUGUAGUGGUGCAAUAAUGUUAUAUGAUGUACUGUUUUAUAUUUUGUUUUAUAUGUAAUGUAAGUGCCUUAAUGUGUUUGUACCCCAGGAAGAGUAGCUGCUGCCUGGGCAACAGCUAAUGGGGAUCCCUAAUAAACCCCAGGAAGACUAGCUGCUGCCCUGGCAAGAACUAAUGGGGAUCCAUAAUAAUGGGGAUCCCUAAUAAACCCCAGGAAGAGUAGCUCUGCCUGGGCAACAUCUAAUGGGGAUCCCUAAUAAACCCCGGGAAGAGUAGCUGCUGCCUGGGCAACAGCUAAUGGGGAUCCCUAAUAAACCCCAGGAAGAGUAGCUGCUGCCUGGGCAACAGCUAAUGGGGAUCCCUAAUAAACCCCAGGAAGAGUAGCUGCUGCCUGGGCAACAGCUAAUGGGGAUCCCUAAUAAACCCCAAGAAGAGUAGCUGCUGCUUUCACAACAGCUAAUGGGGAUCCCUAAUAAACCCCAGGAAGAGUAGCUGCUGCUUGGGCAACAGCUAAUGGGGAUCCCUAAUAAAUACAAAAACCCAAAAUAAUAAUUAAAACAUAAAGCAGAGAACAUAGCUACCGUUAACCCUCACUCCUAGGGUUUACCCUCACUCCUAGGGUGUACCCUCACUCCUAGGGUUUACCCUCACUCCUACCGUUUACCCUCACUCCUACCGUUUACCCUCACUCCUGGGGUUUACCCUCACUCCUAGGGUUUACCCUCACUCCUAGGGUUUACCCUCACUCCUAGGGUUUACCCUCACUCCUGGGGUUUACCCUCACUCCUGGGGUUUACCCUCACUCCUACCGUUUACCCUCACUCCUACCGUUUACCCUCACUCCCAGGGUUUACCCUCACUCCUACCGUUUACCCUCACUCCUAGGGUUUACCCUCACUCCUGGGGUUUACCCUCACUCCUACCGUUUACCCUCACUCCUAGGGUUUACCCUCACUCCUAGGGUUUACCCUCACUCCUACCGUUUACCCUCACUCCUAGGGUUUACCCUCACUCCUAGGGUUUACCCUCACUCCUGGGGUUUACCUUCACUCCUAGGAUUUACCCUCACUCCUGGGGUUUACCCUCACUCCUACCAUUUACCCUCACUCCUAGUGUUUACCCUCACUCCUGGGGUUUACCCUCACUCCUAGGGUUUACCCUCACUCCUACCAUUUACCCUCACUCCUAGUGUUUACCCUCACUCCUAGGGUUUACCCUCACUGUCACGCUCGUCGUACGGAAUAGACCAAGGCGCAGCGUGAUGAACGAACAUGUUUAUUUAUCUAUAGUGAUAAAUACUGACAAUGAACAAAACAACAAACGACUCGUAACGUCCUAGGUAACAUAGACCAACACGGAACAAGAACCCACAAACACAAAGGGAAAACAGACAGUUUAAAUAUGGCUCCCAAUCAGAGACAACCAGCCACAGCUGACACUCGUUGCCUCUGAUUGGGAGUCACUCAGGCCAACAUAGAAACAGAACAACUAGAACCCCCAACAUAGAAAUAUAACACAUAGAAUGAACACACCCUGGCUCAACAUAUAGAGUCCCAGAGCCAGGGUGUGACAGUACCCCCCCCUAAAGGCGCGGACUGCGACCGCGCCUCCACUAGAGCAAAACAGGGGAGGGCAGGGUGGGCAUUCCUCCUCGGCGGCGGUUCUGGCUCCGGGCUUGCCCACCACCCUCCAAUACUCCCCCCAUAGCACCCCUGGUCCGGUCUGGCCCCGCUGGCUGGAGCUGAACUGGACGUAGCAGGAGCGGUUAGCUUCAGCUCCGUUGUGGAGCAGUUGAGCGGUACCUGAUUAGGCACCGGUGACCCAGGCACUGGUUGUGCCGGACUGACGACGCACACCCCUGGCUUGGUGCGUGAGGCAGGAACGGACCGGACCGGGCUGACGAUGCGCACCCCUGGCUUGGUGCGUGGAGCAGCAACGGGCCGGACCGGGCUGACGAUACGCACCCCUGGCUUGGUGCGUGGAGCAGGAACGGACCGGACCGGGCUGACGAUACGCACCCCUGGCUUGGUGCGUAGAGCCGGAACGGGCCUCACCGGACUGACGACUCGCACCCCUGGCUUGGUGCGUGGAGCAGGAACGGACCGGACCGGGCUGACGAUGCGCACCCCUGGCUUGGUGCGUGGAGCCGGAACGGGCCUCACCGGACUGACGACUCGCACCCCUGGCUUGGUGCGUGGAGCAGCAACGGGCCGGACCGGGCUGACGAUGCGCACCCCUGGCUUGGUGCGUGGAGCCGGAACGGGCUUUACCGGGCUGACGACUCGCACCCCUGGCUUGGUGCGAGUGGCAGGAACAGGCUGGACCAGGCUGACGACUCGCACCCCUGGCUUGGUGCGAGUGGCAGGAACAGGCCGGGCCGGGCUGGCGACGCGCACCGUAGGCUUGGUGCGAGUGGCAGGAACAGGCCGGGCCGGGCUGGCGACGCGCACCGUAGGCUUGGUGCGAGUGGCAGGAACAGGCCGGGCCGGGCUGGCGACGCACAUCGUAGGUUUGGUGCGAGGAGCAGGAACAGGCCGGGCCGGGCUGGCGACGCGCACCGUAGGCUUGGUGCGAGUGGCAGGAACAGGCCGGGCCGGGCUGGCGACGCACAUCGUAGGUUUGGUGCGAGGAGCAGGAACAGGCCGGGCCGGGCUGGCGACGCGCACCGUAGGCUUGGUGCGAGUGGCAGGAACAGGCCGGGCCGGGCUGGCGACGCGCACCGUAGGCUUGGUGCGAGGGGCAGGAACAGGCCGGGCCGGGCUGGCGACGCGCACCGUAGACUUGGUGCGAGUGGCAGGAACAGGCCGGGCCGGGCUGGCGACGCGCACCCUAGACUUGGUGCGAGUGGCAGGAACAGGCCGGGCCGGGCUGGCGACGCACACCGUAGACUUGGUGCGAGUGGCAGAAACAGGCCGGGCCGGGCUGGCGACGCACACCAUAGGCUUGGUGCGAGGGGCAGGAACAGGCCGGGCCGGGCUGGCGACGCACACCGUAGGCUUGGUGCGAGAGGCAGGAACAGGCCGGACCGGGCUGGCGACGCGCACCGUACAUUUGGUGCGAGGGGCCGUAACAGGCCGGACCGUACUGGGGACACACACCACUGGCUCUACCCCGGGAUCUGGAAUGGGCCGGACCGGACUGGUAACACACCCCAGUACCUCUCGCCGUGCCUCUAAACCUUCUUUCCCUACUUUGACCAGUGGCCCCCGUAACCUGGUGGCCUUCUGAAUACGCCCCUUUUCUGCCUCCGUCAGCCCCGUCGUCCAUGCCCUGUGCCCCCCCCUAAAAUUUUUUGGGGAUUGCCUCUCGUCAGCCCGACGACGACACUGAUCACGCCGUUGCUCCUCUCUCCGUCGCCUCUCUACUGUCUCACUCCAUGGCCGGCGAUCCAUCCCGGCCAGGAUUUCCUCCCAGGUCCAGGACCCCUGCCCGUCUAAGAUCUGCUCCCACGUCCAGGCUGCCUGCUCCUGGACACGCUGCUUGGUCCUGUGAUGGUGGGUUCUUCUGUCACGCUCGUCGUACGGAAUAGACCAAGGCGCAGCGUGAUGAACGAACAUGUUUAUUUAUCUAUAGUGAUAAAUACUGACAAUUAACAAAACAACAAACGACUCGUAACGUCCUAGGUAACAUAGACCAACACGGAACAAGAACCCACAAACACAAAGGGAAAAACAGACCGUUUAAAUAUGGCUCCCAAUCAGAGACAACCAGCCACAGCUGACACUCGUUGCCUCUGAUUGGGAGUCACUCAGGCCAACAUAGAAACAGAACAACUAGAACCCCCAACAUAGAAAUAUAACACAUAGAAUGAACACACCCUGGCUCAACAUAUAGAGUCCCAGAGCCAGGGUGUGACACUCACUCCUGGGGUUUACCCUCACUCCUGGGGUUUACCCUCACUCCUGGGGUUUACCCUCACUCCUAGGGUUUACCCUCACUCGUAGGGUUUACCCUCACUCCUGGGGUUUACCCUCACUCCUAGGGUUUACCCUCACUCCUGGGGUUUACCCUCACUCCUAGGGUUUACCCUCACUCCUGGGGUUUACCCUCACUCCUGGGGUUUACCCUCACUCCUAGGGUUUACCCUCACUCCUAGGGUUUACCCUCACUCCUGGGGUUUACCCUCACUCCUAGGACAGACCAGAGCAUUAGAUUUACAGUUUUAGAAACUGUUCUUCAUUAAACUGCAUUACAUGGCAAAGUAGCCAGAAGGUUGUGGAUUUGCAGACCACCGUGGACAAGGGUAGGGGUGAAAUGAUCUCCAUUAUAAUAAAAGCAGUGCAUUAAUCUAUCAUCUUACUUGCGGUCCGAGAAAUAAUAGCCUUUUAUAAACAUUUCAUGCAAUUCUAUAUCAUUGUACAUGAAUGGAGACAAGCAGAAUAUUUUUUAAUAACGGAGCAUGACAACGAAUGAGCGCUUUCUGCAGCACCAGAGACGUUUUGAUUUCUAUACAGGCUGUUGUUAACAAUUAGGGCUUUCUGCAGCACCAGAGAAGUUUUGAUUUCUAAACAGGCUGUUGUUAACAAUUAGGGCUUUCUGCAGCACCAGAGAAGUUUUGAUUUCUAUACAGGCUGUUGUUAACAAUUAGGGAUUUCUGCAGCACCAGAGACAUUUUGAUUUCUAUACAGGCUGUUGUUAACAAUUAGGGCUUUCUGCAGCACCGGAGACAUUUUGAUUUCUCUACAGGCUGUUGUUAACAAUUAGGGCUUUCUGCAGCACCGGAGACAUUUUGAUUUCUAUACAGGUUGUUGUUAAAAAUUAGGGCUUUCUGCAGCACCGGAGAUGUUUUGUCAAAGCGACGUGUAUGCGGUAGGCGAAGUCAAGAGCAGGACACCGAGCUACUGGCAGAUACUUUACUGGACACAGUGCAAAUCCAAAGUACAAAGGCAACCUCAUACAGAGAGGAACGAUACAACCCGCACACAUGGGCAACUGCCGAAAAGACCAAAACAAUUACGCACAAUACACAAUGAGAAACAGAGGGUUAUAAAGGGAACACAAUAAAACAUAAUAGAAAACAGGUGUAAACAAUAAAGACCAAACAAGACAAACACCGAAACAUCGAUCGGCAGCAGCUAGUACUCCGGGGACGACGAACGCCGAAGCCUGCCUGAGCAAGGAGGAGGAGCAGCCUCGGCUGAAUCCGUGACAGUACCCCCCCCCCUUGACGCGCGGCUCCAGCCGUGCGCCGACCCCGGCCUCGGGGACGGCCAGGAGGACGCGGAGCUGGGCGAGUUGGAUGAUUCCGGUGGAAAUCCCUCAACAUGAAGGGAUCUAGGAUGUCCCUCCUAGGGACCCAGCACCGUUCCUCCGGACCGUACCCCUCCCACUCCACGAGAUACUGCAGGCCCCCCAUCCGACGCCUCGAAUCCAAGAUGGAACGGACUGAGUACGCCGGAGCCCCCUCGAUGUCCAACGGGGGCGGAGGAGCCUCUCGUACCUCACUCUCCUCGAGUGGACCAGCUACUACCGGCCUGAGGAGAGACACAUGGAACGAGCGGUUAAUGCGGUAAUUAAUGGGCAGUUGUAACCUAUAACAUACCUCGUUCAAUCUCCUCAGGACUUUAAAUGGCCCCACAAACCGCCGACCCAGCUUCCGGCAGGGCAGGCGAAGGGGCAGGUUUCGGGUCGAGAGCCAGACCCGAUCUCCCGGUGCAUACACCGGAGCCUCACUGCGGUGGCGAUCGGCGCUCGCCUUUUGCCGCCUGAUCGCUUGCUGUAGAUGGACAUGCGCAGCGUUUCAGGUUUCUUCCGAGCGCCGAAACCACUCGUCCACCGCUUCGAUCUGGCUCUGAUGCCAAGGUGCCAGGACCGGCUGAUAACCUAGCACACACUGAAAAGGCGUAAGGUUAGUUGAGGAGUGGCGGAGUGAGUUCUGGGCAAUCUCUGCCCAGGGGAUAUAUUCCGACCACUCCCCCUGCCGGUCCUGGCAAUAGGACCUCAGAAACCUACCCACAUCCUGGUUCACUCUCUCCACCUGCCCAUUACUCUCGGGGUGAAAACCUGAGGUAAGGCUAAUCGAGACCCCCAGACGUUCCAUAAACGCCCUCCAGACUCUAGAGGUGAACUGGGGACCCCGAUCAGACACUAUAUCCUCAGGUACCCCAUAGUGCCGAAAGACGUGUGUAAACAGGGUGUCAGCAGUUUGUAGGGCUGUAGGGAGACCUGGCAUAGGAAUGAGACGGCAGGCCUUUGAAAACCGAUCCACAACGACCAAGAUCGUCGUGUUCCCCUGGGAGGGGGGAAGGUCCGUGAAAAAAUCCACCGAGAGGUGAGACCACGGUCAUUGUGGAACGGGUAGGGGUUGUAAUUUCCCUCUGGGUAUGUGUCUAGGCGCCUUGCACUGGGCGCACACCGAGCAGGAGGAAACAUAAACCCUCACGUCCUUAGCUAAAGUGGGCCACCAGUACUUUCCACUAAGGCAGUGCACUGUCCGACCAAUACCAGGAUGGCCAGAGGAAGGUGACAUGUGAGCCCAAUAUAUUAAUCGAUCACGAACCUCGAGCGGCACGUACUUCCGACCCUCUGGUCACUGUGGGGGAGUAGGAUCGGUACGUAACGCCCGCUCGAUGUCCGCAUCAACCUCCCAUACCACCGGUGCCUACAGACAAGAUCUCCGGAAGUAUGGGAGUAGGUCAAUGGACCUCUCCUCUGUGUCAUAUAGUCGGGACAGGGCGUCUGCCUUAGCGUUCUGUGACCCUGGUCUAUAGGUGAGCGUAAAUACAAAUCGGGUGAAAAACAUAGCCCACCUAGCCUGGCGAGGGUUCAGCCUCCUCGCCGCCCGGAUGUACUCCAGGUUACGAUGGUCAGUCAAAAUGAGAAAAGGGUGUUUAGCCCCCUCAAGCCGAUGCCUCCACACCUUCAGGGCUUGCACCACAGCUAACAGCUCCCUGUCCCCCACAUCAUAAUUGCGCUCCGCCGGACUGAGCUUCUUAGAAAAGAAAGCACAGGGGCGGAGUUUAGGUGGCGUACCCGAGCGCUGAGACAGUACAGCACCGAUCCCAGCCUCGGACGCAUCCACCUCAACUUGGAACGCCAAAGAGGGAUCCGGAUGUGCCAGCACUGGAGCCGAGGUAAACAGGUCCUUCAGAUGCCUAAAAGCCCUGUCCGCCUCAGCUGACCACUGCAGACGCACCGGACCCCCCUUUAGCAAGGAGGUAAUGGGAGCUGCUACCUGCCCAAAGCCCCGGAUAAACCUCCGGUAGUAAUUGGCAAAACCCAAGAACCGCUGCACCUGAAACACGGUCAAUCUCCAUCUCCACCCCUGACGCGGACAACCGGUGUCCCAGGAAGGAGAUGGACUCCUGGAAGAACAGACAUUUCUCCACCUUUGCAUACAGGUCAUGCUCCAACAGUCUACCAAGCACCCGACGAACCAGGGACACAUGCUCUGCGCGGGUAGCGGAGUAUAUUAGAAUGUCAUCAAUGUACACCACUACACCCUGUCAAUGCAAGUCCCGGAAAAUCUCAUCCACAAACGAUUGGAAGACUGAAGGAGCAUUCAUUAAACCAUAUGGCAUGACGAGGUACUCAUAGUGACCCGAGGUGGUACUGAAUGCUGUCUUCCACUCAUCUCCCUCCCUAAUGCGCACCAGGUUGUAUGCGCUCCUGAGAUCCAAUUUUGUGAAGAAUCACGUCCCGUGUAAUGACUCCGUCAUACUAGCAAUCAGAGGGAGAGGAUAGCUAUAUUUGAUGGUGAUCUGAUUGAGACCACGGUAGUCAAUACACGGGCGUAAAACCCCAUCUUUCUUCUUCACAAAAAAGAAACUUGAGGACGCAGGGGAAGUGGACGGCCGUAUGUAUCCCUGUCUCAGCGAUUCGGCGACAUAUGUUUCCAUAGCCGCCGUCUCCUCCUGAGACAGAGGAUACACAUGACUACGGGGAAGCGCAGCGCCUACUUGGAGGUUUAUCGCACAAUCCCCCUGUCGAUGGGGUGGUAAAUGAGUCGCCUUCUUUUUACAGAAGGCGAGAGCCAAAAUCGGCAUAUUCAGGUGGAAUGUGCAUGGUGGGAACUUGGUUCGGACUUUCCACCGUCGUGGCCCCUAAGGAAACACCCACACACCUCCCGACACACUGAUCAGACCAUCCCUUGAGAGCCCUCUGUUGCCAAGAAAUGUUGGGGUCAUGAGACGUCAACUAGGGAAGCCCCAACACCACGGGAAACGCAGGAGAGUCGGGCGCCUACUCACCUGGAAUGACUCAUCAGUGCGCGGCCUACUGCCUCGAUUCCGAGGAGACCCUCCCCAGCACCGACCAGCAGUAUGUCCUCUGCGGCCACAGUUGGUGCAGGGGACGGCCUCUCUCCUGGUCUCUCUCCUAGUACCAGCACCUCCGAGCUCCAUAGGGGUCGGCUCGGAAGUGCUGGGGGAUGGAAUGGACGGCCCGAGUCCGGACGUCCGCGGGUAGCCAACAGGGUGUCCAGGCGAAUCGACAUGUCCACCAGUUGAUCGAAGUUUAGGUUGGUGUCCCUGCAGGCCAAUUCCCGACGCACGUCCUCCCUCAGGCUACAUCUGUAGUGGUCGAUGAGGGCCCUCUCAUUCCAUCCCGCGUUGGCAGCCAGCGUCCGGAAGUCCAGUGCGAACUCCUGCGCGCUCCUCUUCCCCUGUCUGAAGUGGAAUAGACGCUCAUCCGCCGCUUUACCCUCUGGUGGAUGAUCGAAUACUGCCCUGAAGCGGCGGGUGAACUCCGCAUAGUUGACAGUAGCGGCAUCUAUUCCCCCCCACUCGGCGUUGGCCCACUCCAGCGCCUUGCCGGACAGACAGGAGAUGAGGCCGGACACGCUCUCGUAUCCCGAGGGCUCCGGGUGGAUGGUUGCCAGGUAGAGUUCCACCUGGAGCAGGAAACCCUGACACCCGGCAGCUGUGCCAUCAUAAGCCCUCGGGAGCGAGAGCCGAAUCCCACUGGACCCCGGAGAUGAAGCGAUGGGCAUAGCUGAUGGUGGUGGUAUCAUCGGAGGAGGUGUGGGCAAACCUCCUCUUUCCCAUCGCUCCAUGGUGUUCACCACCCGUUCCAUGGCGGUGCCGAGAGCCUGGAUCAUGGCCGCUUGUUGUUCUACGCGCUCUUCCAUUGAUCCAGCUGGCACCGCCGCUCCUGCUGACUCCAUGUCUAAUGGUGCGUAAUUCUGUCACAGCGACGUGUAUGCGGUAGGCGAAGUCAAGAGCAGGACACCGAGCUACUGGCAGAUGCUUUACUGGACACAGUGCAAAUCCAAAGUACAAAGGCAACCUCAUACAGAGAGGAACGAUACAACCCGCACACAUGGGCAACUGCCGAAAAGACCAAAACAAUUACGCACAAUACACAAUGAGAAACAGAGGGUUAUAAAGGGAACACAAUAAAACAUAAUGGAAAACAGGUGUAAACAAUAAAGACCAAACAAGACAAACACCGAAACAUCGAUCGGCAGCAGCUAGUACUCCGGGGACGCCGAACGCCGAAGCCUGCCCGAGCAAGGAGGAGGAGCAGCCUCGGCUGAAUCCGUGACACGUUUUGAUUUCUAUACAGGCUGUUGUUAAAAAUUAGGGCUUUCUGCAGCACCGGAGACGUUUUGAUUUCUCUACAGGCUGUUGUUAAAAAUUAGGGCUUUCUGCAGCACCAGAGACGUUUUGAUUUCUAUACAGGCUGUUGUUAAAAAUUAGGGCUUUCUGCAGCACCGGAGACGUUUUGAUUUCUAUACAGGCUGUUGUUAAAAAUUAGGGCUUUCUGCAGCACCAGAGACGUUUUGAUUUCUAUACAGGCUGUUGUUAAAAAUUAGGGCUUUCUGCAGCACCGGAGACGUUUUGAUUUCUAUACAGGCUGUUGUUAAAAAUUAGGGCUUUCUGCAGCACCGGAGACGUUUUGAUUUCUAUACAGGCUGUUGUUAAAAAUUAGGGCUUUCAGCAGCACCGGAGACGUUUUGAUUUCUAUACAGGCUGUUGUUAAAAAUUAGGGCUUUCAGCAGCACCGGAGACGUUUUGAUUUCUAUACAGGCUGUUGUUAACAAUUAGGAUCGUCUAAGUUUGGAACAGUGCUAAAGUUGACUAUCAACUGUAAAUAUUGAGUGCAACAGAACCAGUUACAACUGAAGUAUCUGAUCAUCAAUGAAUUGGAGAAAAAAACAUGAAUUAUUUAACACAGCAGCCACAUAUCAUCAGGUAGGCCUAUAUGCACUUGUAACUAUCAUUUUCUAAUUUAUUCUAUUUUAUUCCAUGAUAUUGUUGUUACAAAAUAGAUUUAUGUUGACUGUGACUAAGGCAUGGGAAUAUAAGAGCAUCUGCUAGGCUAAAUUAUCAAACUAGGCAUGCAUAGGUCACCACAUGAUCCUCAAACCAAAGACUGGCCAAACUAGGCAUGCAUAGGUCACCACAUGAUCCUCAAACCAAAGACUGGCCAAACUAGGCAUGCAUAGGUCACCACAUGAUCCUCAAACCAAAGACUGGCCAAACUAGGCAUGCAUAGGUCACCACAUGAUCCUCAAACCAAAGACUGGCCAAACUAGGCAUGCAUAGGUCACCACAUGAUCCUCAAACCAAAGACUGGCCAAACUAGGCAUGCAUAGGUUACCACAUGAUCCUCAAACCAAAGACUGGCCAAACUAGGCAUGCAUAGGUUACCACAUGAUCCUCAAACCAAAGACUGGCCAAACUAGGCAUGCAUAGGUCACCACAUGAUCCUCAAACCAAAGACUGGCCAAACUAGGCAUGCAUAGGUCACCACAUGAUCCUCAAACCAAAGACUGGCCAAACUAGGCAUGCAUAGGUCACCACAUGAUCCUCAAACCAAAGACUGGCCAAACUAGGCAUGCAUAGGUCACCACAUGAUCCUCAAGCCAAAGACUGGCCAAACUAGGCAUGCAUAGGUCACCACAUGAUCCUCAAACCAAAGACUGGCCAAACUAGGCAUGCAUAGGUCACCACAUGAUCCUCAAACCAAAGACUGGCCAAACUAGGCAUGCAUAGGUCACCACAUGAUCCUCAAACCAAAGACUGGCCAAACUAGGCAUGCAUAGGUCACCACAUGAUCCUCAAACCAAAGACUGGCCAAACUAGGCAUGCAUAGGUCACCACAUGAUUCUCAAACCAAAGACUGGCCAAACUAGGCAUGCAUAGGUCACCACAUGAUCCUCAAACCAAAGACUGGCCAAACUUGUGUUUCUAAAAAUGAAUUCAAAGGCAUUGUAGAAUGACUGUAUAGCCUAAUAAGACAUUUUUAAUUUCAUUAUUAUUUCAUUUAAAAACAAUUUUUUUCCAUUUUAUACAGGCUAAAGGCUACAUUUAUAGGCAUGUUGUUGAAGUGCUGUUGUUGAUGUGUUGUUGAGAUGCUGAGCCCUCCUGCCAGCCUGUAGAUGUGUUGAGAUGCUGAGCCCUCCUGCCAGCCUGUAGAUGUGUUGAGAUGCUGAGCCUUCCUGCCAGCCUGUUGAUGUGUUGUUGAAAUGCUGAGCCCUCCUGCCAGCCUGUAGAUGUAUUAUUGAAAUGCUGAGCCCUCCUGCCAGCCUGUUGAUGUGUUGUUGAAAUGCUGAGCCCUCCUGCCAGCCUGUAGAUGUAUUAUUGAAAUGCUGAGCCCUCCUGCCAGCCUGUAGAUGUGUUGUUGAAAUGCUGAGCCCUCCUGCCAGCCUGUUGAUGUGUUGAGAUGCUGAGCCCUCCUGCCAGCCUGUAGAUGUAUUAUUGAAAUGCUGAGCCCUCCUGCCAGCCUGUAGAUGUGUUGUUGAAAUGCUGAGCCCUCCUGCCAGCCUGUAGAUGUAUUAUUGAAAUGCUGUGCCCUCCUGCCAGCCUGUUGAUGUGUUGUUGAAAUGCUGAGCCCUCCUGCCAGCCUGUAGAUGUAUUAUUGAAAUGCUGAGCCCUCCUGCCAGCCUGUUGAUGUGUUGAGAUGCUGAGCCCUCCUGCCAGCCUGUUGAUGUAUUAUUGAAAUGCUGAGCCCUCCUGCCAGCCUGUUGAUGUAUUAUUGAAAUGCUGAGCCCUCCUGCCAGCCUGUUGAUGUAUUAUUGAAAUGCUGAGCCCUCCUGCCAGCCUGUUGAUGUAUUGUUGAAAUGCUGAGCCCUCCUGCCAGCCUGUAGAUGUGUUGAGAUGCUGAGCCUUCCUGCCAACCUGUUGGUGUGUUGUUGUUGAUGUUUGUUGAUGUGUUGUUGUUGAUGUGUUGUUGAUGUGUUGUUGUUGAUGUGUUGUUGAGAUGCUGUGCCCUCCUGCCAGCCUGUAGCGUGUCACCAAUGCUUCACCAUUAAUUUCUUAAAUGGCAGGCUAUAGCCGUGAAAUAACAAUAAUAUAGCCUAACAGUCCCGUGUAGCUCAGUUGGUAGAGCACGGCGUUUGCAAUGCCAGGGUUGUGGGUUCGUUUCCCACGGGGGGCCAGUAUGAAGAAAAAUAAUAAUUAUUAUGCACUCACUAACUGUAAGUCGCUCUGGAUAAGAGCGUCUGCUAAAUUACGUAAAUGUAAAUAUAUAAUAAUGUUUCCUUCCUUCUUAGGCUCCUGACUGAUUUAGAGUUAGUACAGUAUGUUGUUUAAUAACCUGCUGAAAUGUUGAGUGACAGAAGCAAAGUACAUGUUUCGGCAGGGAUGUAGUGCUGCCGUAGUGCGAAGGAAAAGGGUACCGGAGUAACUGGCCUCCCGAAGCUUAGUGUGUUCAAAUCUAUUUUAGAAAUUGUAUUUAGAUUUUUUUUAGUAAUUAACUCUUAAAAACGAAAGUCUAGGUAUCUUAUUUUAAUUACAUAAAUCAAAUAUUGAAAAAAAAUGGCAUUGCACAUCUCACUAUUAUUAUCCUCACUAUGAUGUGGUUUUGAUGUAAGGUCUCUCUUUGAAUUUACGCGCCAAAUUAUGUCCAAAUCAUCCUCCUAAAGUAUUUAAAAAAGUACUGUGUAGCUCAAGGAAGUUACUUGUAGAUGUUUUGGACAUGAUUUGGAAAAUGCUAAUUUAGGUACUGUACCAUUGACUUGCAUUAGAUUGCCAGGGGGCAAGUUGUCCCAAUGGAGGGCCAGUUACCUCCAACACACUCACCUUAAAUUUGACUGUUUUAUUUCAUGAUCAGUAAACAUAAAUUGAUCAUGUAUUUUCAGAUACGUGAGGUUAGCCUAUCCAUUUGGCAUGUAGCUAGCUAGCCAAGCAAACAACGUGUCAUUUAGCUUGCUUCAUCAAAUAUUAGGCUUUUGGAAAGAGCUUGACAUCGGCAAGUCCUCCCCUGGUAAAGUUGUCAGUCAGACUACUGUCAUCACCACUAUAGAUGGAAAGCAAAUCAAACAGUAUUUGGAUAUAGCCAUCUAGUUUAUCCCCUGAAAGUUAGCUUGUUAACUAGCCAUAUUGACAUGAUCUGUAGUUAGCUUGUUAACUAGCCAUAUUGACCUGAUCUGUAGUUAGCUUGUUAACUAGCCAUAUUGACAUGAUCUGUUUAGAUUAGAUAGAUAUUUCUUUAUUGUCUGAUAUUCACAGAUAUUUUCUUUACCUACAACUAUAAAAAAGAGUUUCCUGAUCUUUCUUAUAUCUCUCAGAUAUAGGACAGUCACUUCACAACAAAUGUCCUUUAUAUAUUUUUUGGGACUAUCUGUUGUUCCAUGUAUUCAAUCUGUUAUUCAAUACAUUUCUAUGGGCUAAUAGCAGUAUUCUAAAUUACUUUAAAAUUUUUUUACUUUUAACUUAAGUCUUAAAUAUAAAUGGGCCCCCCGGUUUUUAGGGGGGGGUUUUUUUUUUAGGUUUUGGGAUCCCCCAAAAAGGGGGAAGCCCAAAACCCCAAAAAAAAAAAAGACGGACAAACAAAAAAGGGAGGGGCCCAAAAGCCAAAAUGUAAAGUUAACCACCCCCUUUUUAAAACUUUUCCCCAAAAGGGGGAGUUUUCUUUUGGAAAAUCUUUUAUCCCCGGUUUCUUGUUGACCAAAAGGGGCAAUUGUUGGGGCCGUUUUUUUUAUGGCUUUUAUUAGCAUUUGACUUUUUUAUUCGUUUCUUUUUGGGCCAAAUACCACCCAACGGGGAAAAAAAAAACCUGACCCAACCCCCCGGGAAAAGGGGGGGACAGCCCCACAAAAAAAAUCCAAAAUUUUUGGAAAAAUCUGUUUUUCCCCCUAAAAUUCUUUUAACUCCCUAUUGCUUUUUGAGUAGCUUUUAACUACCAUAUUUUUGUAUUUACUUUUUUUGAACAAAAAUUUUUUAAAUAAAAUAAUAUUUUUUUUUCCCCAAAUUUCACCAAAAAUUUUUGGGUUCCUCCCAUGGGGGCCUGAUCUUACCCGUUGGCGCCCAAAAAACCCCUUAAAUUUGGGGUUUCGGAGGAUCUCUGCCAUUUUGGGGCUUGAAGAUUCAAAACCCCUUUUCUUUUUUUGCUUUUUUAACCAAAAGGGGGCUUUUGUAAGUCCUUGGUUGCCUUAAAAACUUCCCCACUGGGGGGCGCUGAAGGCCUCUCCCCCGGGUUUGGCUCCCCGGUUUUGCUGCUGUAAAGGGUCUCUCCCCAUUUUGGCUGCGUAACUCCAAACCCAGGGUUGGCUCUGUAAAGGGCUCUACCCGGGGUUUGGCUGCUGUAAGGACUCUAGCCCGGGGUUGGCUGCUGUGAAGGCUCUCUCCCCGGGGUUGGGCUGCGUUGGCUGCUGUGAAGGCUCUCCAGCCUAGGUUGGGCUGCUGUAAAGGGGCUCCUCCUAGGUUGGCUGCGUAAGGCUCUUACCUAGGUUUGGGGCGCUUUUGGCUGCUUAAAGGCUCCUCCCCGGGGUUUGGGCUGCGUAAAGGUCCCUAGCCGGGGUUGGCCUGUGAAGGCUCUCUAGCCGGGGUUGGGCUGCUGUGAAGUCUCACCCAGGGUUGGCUGCUGUAAAGGUCUCACCCGGGUUUUUGGCUUCUGUGAAGGCUCUCUACCUGGGUUUUGGUGCGGGAAGGCUCCCACCUGGGGUGGCUGCGGGAAGGCUCUCUACCGGGGUUUGGGGCUGCCGGUGGGUUUCCUGAAAAGGGGGUUCUCCCCGGUUUUGCUGCUGUAAAGGGUCCAAAAGCCCAGGGUUGGCUGCUGGAAGGUCCUACCGGUUGGGCUGCUUUGAAGGUCUCUACCCGGGUUGGCUGCUGUGAGGUCUCUCCCCGGGUUGGGGCUGCGUGAAGGCUCUCACCAGGGUUGGCUGCUUUUGGCUGCUGUGAAGGCUCCCCAGCCUAGGGUUGGCGCGUAAAGGCUCCUGCCGGGUUCUGCGUAAAGGCUCCCUAGCCUAGGGUUUGGCUGCGGGUUGGCUGCGUAAGUCUCUAGCCAGGUUGGGCUGCUGUGAACCCUAGCCCUAGGGUUGGCUGCUGUAAGGCUCUCUAGCCAGGGUUGGCUGCUGUAAAGGCUCCUAGCCGGGUUUUGGCUCGUAAGGCUCUCUACCAGGGUUUUUUGGCGCUGUGAAGGUCUCUAGCCGGGGUUGCUCUGUAAAGCUCCCGCCUGGGUUGGCGCUGUGAAGGCCUCUACCUGGGUUUGGCUCUGUAAGGCCCCUGCCUAGGGUUGGCUGCUGUAAAGGCUCUCUACCAGGGUUGGCUGCUGUAAGGCUCUCUACCGGGUUGGCCCUGCUGUAAAGGCCCCCUUUUUCUCAAAGGCCCAAAGGGGUUUUUGGGUUUUCCCCCCGGGUUUGGGCUGCUGUAAAGGGGCUCCACCGGGGGUUGGCUCUGUAAAGGCUCUCUACCUGGGUUUGGCUGCUGUGAAGGCUCUCUACCGGGGUUGGUUUUGGGCCUUGUUUGGCUGGUAAAGGCUCUCUAGCCUGGGGUUUGGGCUGCUGGAAGGUCUCACCAGGGUUGGCGGGGCUGGGGAACUCUCUAACCCCGGGGUUUGGCUGCUUGGAAGGUUUUCCCUCUACCCCGGUUGGCUCUGGAAGGUCUCUACCCCAGGUUGGCUUUUGGUGUUGGUUUGGGGUUGGGGGGCCCCCACCCCCCCCCCCCCCCCCCCACCCCCCCCCCCCCCCGUGAAUCUCUCUACCCAGGGGGCGGGGCUUUUGGGGGUUUUCCCCCGGGGGGGAAGGGCUCUCAGCUAGGGUUGGCGCUUGAAGGUCUCUAGCCUAGGGUUGGCAGCUGUGAAUGCUCUCUAGCCCAGGGUUGGCUGCUGUUGGCUGCUGUGAAGGCUCUCUAGCCUAGGGUUGGCUGCUUUAAAAGGCUCUCUAGCCAGGGGGGGCUCUUGAAGCUCUCUACCUAGGGUUGGCUGCUGUUGGCUGCUGUGAAGGCUCUCAAGCCUGGGGUUGGCUGCUGUGAAGGCUCUCAAACCCCGGGUUUUGGCUGCGGGAAAGGCUCUCUACCUGGGGUUUUGGGCUGCUUUUGGCUGCGGGAAAGGCUCCCCCACCUGGGUUGGCUGCUGUAAAGGGCCUCUACCCGGGUUGGGCUGCUUAAAGGGCUCUCACCGGUGGUUUUUCUGUGGCUCCUACCUAUUUUUUUUGGGCUCUGUAAAGGUCUCUACCCAGGGUUGUGCUGUUUUCCCCCCUUCUGUUAAAGGCUCCCUACCCCGGGGGUUGGCUGCUGUGAAGGCCUCUACCCUAGGGUUUUUUUUUUUUUUUUUUGGUUUUGGGGGCUCGGGGGAAGCUCUCUGCCCAGUUUUGGCUGCUGUGAAGGCCUCAGCCUGGGGUUGGGCUGCUUAAAAGGCUCUCAAAAGCCCAGGUUCUGCUGUAAAGGGCCUCUACCCGGGGGGGGGCUGCUGUGAAGCCUCUACCUAGGGUUGGCUUUUUUGGCUGCUGUGAAGCUCUCUAGCCUAGGGUUGGCGCUUAAGGCUCUCUGCCUGGGGUUUGGCUGCUGUAAAAGGCUCUCUACCUAGGGUUGGCUGCUGUGAAGGCCUCUAGCCCGGGUUGGGCUCUGUGGGCUCUCUAGCCCAUUUGGGGCUGCUGUAAGGCUCUCCCAGGGUUGGCUGCUUUAAGGGUUCUCUAGCCUAGGGUUGGCUGCGUAAGGGCUCUCUAGCCUAGGGUUGGCUGUUGUGAAGGCUCUCUCGCCCAGGGUUGGCUGCUGUAAAGGCUCUCUCCCCUGGGGUUUUGGCUCUGUGAACUCUCAGCCUGGGGUUGGGCGCGGGAAAGGCCUCUAGCCCAGGGUUGGCUGCUGGGGUGCUGUAAAGCUCUCUACCUAGGGUUGGCGCUGUUGGCUGCUUUUAAGGCUCUCUGCCUAGGGUUGGUGCUUUUGGGGCUUUGGAAGGCUCUCUAGCCGGGGUUUUGGCUCUGUGAAGCUCUCUACCCUAGGGUUGGCUGCUAUAAAGGGCUCUCUACCCUAGGGUUGGCAGCUGUGAAUGCUCUCUAGCCCAGGGUUGGCUGCUUUUUGGCUCGUGAAGCUCUCAGCCUGGGUUUGGCGCUUGAAGCCUCUACCUGGGGGUUGGGCUCUUAAAAGGCUCUCUACCCAGGGUUGGCUCUUUGGCUGCUGUAAGGUCCAAAGCCUGGUUGGCUGCUGUUGCUGCUGUGAAGGCUCUCUACCCUAGGGGGGGCUUUGUGAAGGCUCUCUACCCGGGGUUGGCCUGUGAAGGCUCUCUACCUGGGGUUGGCUGCUGUAAGGCUCUCUACCGGGGUUUUGGCUGCUGUGAAGGCUCCUACCCGGGUUGGCUGCUGUUGGCUGCGUAGCUCUCUACCUAGGUUGGGCUGCUUUUUGGCUGCUGUAAGGCUCUCUAGCCUGGGGUUGGCGCUUUUGGGGCUGUUGUGAAGGCUCUCCGCCUAGGGUUGGCUGCUGUUGGCUGUUUGUAAAGGGCUCUCUAGCCAGGGUUGGCUGCUUUUUGGCUGCUUAAGGCUCUCUACCUGGGUUUGGCUGCUGUUGGCUGCUUGAAGGCUCUCACCCUAGGGUUGGCACUUAAAUCUCUCUACCCAUGGUUGGCUGCUGUUGGCUGCUGUAAAGGCUCUCUAGCCUGGGUUGGCGCUGUGAAAGCUCUCUACCUGGGGUUUGGGCUGCUGUAAGGCUCUCUACCCAGGUUGGCUGCUGGGGGCUCGGGAAGGGCUCUUAGCCCAGGUUGGCUGCUUAAAGGCCCUCUACCUGGGGGUUGGUUUGCUGUGAAGGCUUUUCCUAGGUUGGCUGCGUUGGCUCUGUAAGGGUCUCUAGCCGGGUUUUGGCUCUGUGAAGGCCCUCUCUACCUGGGGUUGGCUGCUUUGGGCUGCUUAAGGCCUCUAGCCCGGGUUGGCGCUGUAAGGGCUCUCUACCUAGGGUUUGGCGCUUUUGGCUGCUGUAAGGCCUCCCCAGGGUUGGGGCUGCUGUAAAGGCUCUCUAGCCUAGGGUUGGCUGCUGUGAAGGCUCCUACCUAGGUUGGCGCUGUGAAUGCCUCAACCCAGGUUUGGCUCUUUUUGGCUGCUGAAGGCUCUCUAGCCUAGGGUUUUGGGUCGGAAACUCUCUACCGGGUUUGGCUGCUGUGAAGGCUCUCUAGCCCAGUGUUGGCUGCUGUGAAGGCUCUCUAGCCUAGGGUUGGCUGCUGUGAAGGCUCUCUAGCCUAGGGUUGGCUGCUGUUGGCUGCUGUGAAGGCUCUCUAGCCUAGGGUUGGCUGCUGUGAAGGCUCCUCUAGCCUAGGGUUGGCUGCUGUUGGCUGCUGUGAAGGCUCUCUAGCCCAGGGUUGGCUGCUGUGAAGGCUCUCUAGCCUAGGGUUGGCUGCUGUUGGCUGCUGUGAAGGCUCUCCAGCCUAGGGUUGGCUGCUGUGAAGGCUCUCUAAAUCCCUAGGGUUGGCUGCUGUGAAGUCUCCUAGCCUAGGGUUGGCUGCUGUUGGCUGCUGUGAAGGCUCUCUAGUUUAGCCUAGGGUGGCUGCUGUUGGCUGCUGUGAAGGCUCUCUAGCCUAGGGUUGGCUGCUGUUGGCUGCUGUGAAGGCACUCUAGCCUAGGGUUGGCUGCUAUUUGCUGCUGUGAAGGCUCUCUCCAGUUUUUCUCUGUUGGUCCGCUUCCCCUCCCGCAGCAUGGCAUUGUUAUUAGCUAGCUAGCCAGUUUGGCGUGGUCCACCAAUCAAUGUAGCCUAUCAUCUCUGUCAGCAACAAUCGUGAUUAAACACUCGUUAAAACAAUGUUGAAAAGGGGAUAAUGUUAGGUAGGCCUAUGUUGGUUGGAGAAAGAAAGUACAUUAGGUGUCUACUUAGCCAACUGUGCAAAGUUUCUACCGGUAGCAAAGUAAACAUUAUAAUUAACAACAUCAGCAAAUGCAUCCUUCUGCUCCUUGUCAGGCAGAGCCCAAUUAACCUAAAUCACUAAUACUUGUUAGGUAUAGAUCACUUUUAUACUGAAUAAAAAUACAAAUGUAACAUGCAACAAUUUGAGGUUACAGUUCUUAUAUUAGUCACAGAUACCUUGGCGGGAACUGGAACACGUCGAUCCAGAGCAUCCCAAACAUGCUCAAUGGGUGACAUGUCUGGUGAGUAUGCAGGCAAUGGAAAAACGGGGACAUUUUCAGCUUCCAGGAAUUGUGUACAGAUCCUUGCAACAUGGAGCCGUGCAGUAUCAUGCUGAAACAUGAGGUGAUGGCGGCGAAUGAAUGGCACGACAAUGGACCUCAGGAUCUCUGUGCAUUCAAAUUGCCAUGGAUAAAAUGCAUUUGUGUUCGUUGUUAUACCAUAACCCCACCACCACCAUGGGGCACUCUGUUAACAACAUUGACAUCAGCAAACCGCUCGCCCACACGACGCCAUACAUGUGGUCUACGGUUGUGAUGCCGGUUGGACGUGCUGCCAAAUUCUCUAAAAUGACUUUGGAGGCGGCUUAUGGUAGAGAAAUGGCAACAGCUCUGGUGGACAUUCCUGGAGUCAGCAUGCCAAUUGCACGCUCCCUCAAAACUUGAGACAUCUGUGGCAUUGUGUUGUAUGACAAAACAUCACAUUUUAGAGGCCUUUUAUUGUCCAUAGCACAAGGUGCAUCUGUGUAAUGAUCAUGCUGUUUAAUCAGCUUCUUGAUAUGCCACACCUGUCAUGUGAAUGGAUUAUCUUGGCAAAGGAGAAAUGCUCACUAACAGGGAGAUAAACAAAUUUGUGCACACAAUUUGAGAGAAAUAAGCUUUUUGUUUGUAUGGAACAUUUCUGGGAUCUUUUAUUUCAGCUCAUGAAACAUUGGACCAACACUUUACAUGUUGUGUUUAUAUUUUUGUUCAGUGUAUUUUAUAUCACUCAAAUAUCCAAUUAUUUAAAUUUUUAUUUCACCUUUAUUUAACCAGGUAAGCCAGUUGAGAACAAGUUCUCAUUUACAACUGCGACCUGGCCAAGAUAAAGCAAAGCAGUGCGAUAAAAACAACAACAACACAGAGUUACAUAUGGGGUAAACAAAACAUACAGUCAAUAACACAAUAGAACAUUUAUAUACAGUGAUCAAUAAAUGGUGGACAAUAUUGAGAUAUCAUGAAGCUACCCUCACGUUUACUGAUCAUGAAAACCAUGCAGUUACUUGCUGUAUAACUCUGAUGAUGGAGAUAAAUGUGCCUGAUUGUUUUGAAUGGAAUAAUCAGACAUUUGUAAUUCUGACUAUGCUGUUCAAGAGGUAAUAUUACAAAAUGUAUUUAACAAUUCCUUGAAAAUGGCACGCAGUUGUCAGUGGUUUCAGCAGAGCUGGAGGUCUCCUGCCCCCCAGCAGGCAAAUAGAACGCUCUGCAACGUAUUGUGACGUUUUAUUGAUAACAACCCUUCAAACCUCUACAGAAGCCUAACCUCCUAACCCUAACCCUAACCCUAACCCUAACCCUAACCCUAACCCUAACCCUAACCCUAACCUCCAGCUAGAACUCUGAUCUAGAAGGUGUUGCAGCAUCUUUGGGUUCAUCUGUAAAGCUUAUUUUUCUUCUGAUUAUGCGUGUGAACAACUCUUCACACAGACGUGUGUCUAGAUGAAGUGGAGGUGUUUGUCUGUUGCAACGCCAUAGUUGUCCUUGUUGUCUUCAAACACAGCAGUGAGUCCCUCCAGGUAGAGAGAAUGGAGCCGGUCUAUAUCAUCCUUAGUGGGAGAGGGGGUCUGGACCACUGGAAUAGGCCUACCCACUGGAGAGAGAGAGAGGAGAAGGUUAGAGAAUGGAGACAGUCUAUAUCAUCCUUAGUGGGAGAGGGGGUCUGGACCACUGGAAUAGGCCUACCCACUGGAGAGAGAGAGAGGGGGGGAUAGAGAGAUGGAAGGAGCGAGGAAGAGGUUUCAACCAUAUUUAUCUCUAUAUAACCCACUGGGAUGGUCUACUCAUUGGAGAGAUAGGGGAGAAAGGGUUUGUGUACCAACAGUCUGUAGAGGCUGUCUGUAGGGCAGCAGGUUGUGUGUCGUACCAACAGUGUGUAUGGGCUGUCUGUAGGGCUGCAGGUUGUGUGUCGUACCAACAGUCUGUAUGGGCUGUCUGUAGGGCUGCAGGUUGUGUGUCGUACCAACAGUGUGUAUGGGCUGUCUGUAGGGCAGCAAGGUUGUGUUCGUACCAACAGUGUGUAUGGGCUGUCUGUAGUGCAGCAGGUUGUGUGUCGUAUCAACAGUGGUGUAUGGGUUGUCUGUAGGGCAGCAGGUUGUGUGUCGUACCAACCGUGUGUAUGGGCUGUCUGUAGGGCAGCAGGUUGUGUGUCGUACCAACAGUGUUGUAUGGGCUUCUGUAGGGGCAAGCAGGUUGUGUGUCGUACCAACAGUGUGUAUGGGCUGUCCUGUAGGGCAGCAGGUUGUGUGUCGUAUCAACAGUGUGUAUGGGCUGUCUGUAGGGCAGCAGGUUGUGUGUCGUACCAACAGUGUGUAUGGGCUGUCUGUAGGGCAGCAGGUUGUGUGUCGUACCAACAGUGUGUAUGGGCUGUCUGUAGGGCAGCAGGUUGUGUGUCGUAUCAACAGUGUGUAUGGGCUGUCUGUAGGGCAGCAGGUUGUGUGUCGUACCAACAGUGUGUAUGGGCUGUCUGUAGGGCAGCAGGUUGUGUGUCGUACCAACAGUGUGUAUGGGCUGUCUGUAGGGCAGCAGGUUGUGUGUCGUACCAACAGUGUGUAUGGGCUGUCUGUAGGGCAGCAGGUUUGUGUGUCGUACCAACAGUGUGUAUGGGCUGUCUGUAGGGCUGCAGGUUGUGUGUCGUACCAACAGUCUGUAUGGGCUGUCUGUAGGGCAGCAGGUUGUGUCGUACCAACAGUGUGUAUGGGCUGUCUGUAGGGCAGCAGGUUGUGUGUCGUACCAACAGUCUGUAUGGGCUGUCUGUAGGGCAGCAGGUUGUGUGUCGUACCAACAGUGUGUAUGGGCUGUCUGUAGGGCAGCAGGUUGUGUGUCGUACCAACAGUGUGUAUGGGCUGUCUGUAGGGCAGCAGGUUGUGUGUCGUACCAACAGUGUGUAUGGACUGUCUGUAGGGCAGCAGGUUGUGUGUCGUACCAACAGUGUGUAUGGGCUGUCUGUAGGGCAGCAGGUUGUGUGUCGUACCAACAGUGUGUAUGGGCUGUCUGUAGGGCAGUAGACCAAAGCUGUACUGGAACACUCCUCUCCCGGUGAACAGCGGCAGUGCCACUCCCAUGAGCCUUUGCAGGUGGUCCUGUAGCCAGCGGAGUGGCGAGCCGGCAGGGUUGGUCAUCUGGUCGAAGAGCUCGUUUUCCCCAAAGGAGAACACAGGGACUAACUGGGCCCUAUAGAUACAGUAUAUUAACAUCAAAUCAAGCUUUAUAUCUACAGUACAUUUCAGACAUGGAUUGAACGCAAUGCGCUUCACAGGAAAAAACAUAAAUGAAAAAAAACGGAGAGAAAAAACUGAAAUACUACACAGCAAACAGAAGAGGAAAACAAACUAAAGAAUAACAAUAAAGGCUGAACGACUAAAAAAGCCUCCUGAGGAAAAGCAAAGCAUAGGGGCAUAGUAACUAAAGGCUGCCUCUCCAUGCCCCAGAGGCUGGGGGCAUAGUAACUAAAGGCUGCCUCUCCAUCCCCCAGAGGCUGGGGGCAUAGUAACUAAAGGCUGCCUCUCCAUCCCCCAGAGGCUGGGGGCAUAGUAACUAAAGGCUGCCUCCCCAUGCCUCAGAGGCUGGGGGCAUAGUAACUAAAGGCUGUCUCUCCAUCCCCCAGAGGCUGGGGGCAUAGUAACUAAAGGCUUCCUCUCCAUCCCCCAGAGGCUGGGGGCAUAGUAACUAAAGGCUGCCUCUCCAUGCCUCAGAGGCUGGGGGCAUAGUAACUAAAGGCUUCCUCUCCAUCCCCCAGAGGCUGGGGGCAUAGUAACUAAAGGCUGCCUCUCCAUCCCCCAGAGGCUGGGGGCAUAGUAACUAAAGGCUGCCUCUCCAUGCCCCAGAGGCUGGGGGCAUAGUAACUAAAGGCUGGCCUCUCCAUCCCCCAGAGGCUGGGGCCAUAGUAACUAAAGGCUGGCCUCUCCAUCCCCCAGAGGCUGGGGCCAUAGUAACUAAAGGCUGCCUCCCCAUGCCCCAGAGGCUGGGGGCAUAGUAACUAAAGGCUGGCCUCUCCAUCCCCCAGAGGCUGGGGGCAUAGUAACUAAAGACUGCCUCCCCAUGCCCCAGAGGCUGGGGGCAUGGUAACUAAAGGCUGGCCUCUCCAUCCCCCAGAGGCUGGGGGCAUAGUAACUAAAGGCUGCCUCUCCAUCCCCCAGAGGCUGGGGGCAUAGUAACUAAAGGCUGCCUCUCCAUCCCCCAGAGGCUGGGGGCAUAGUAACUAAAGACUGCCUCCCCAUCCCCCAGAGGCUGGGGGCAUAGUAACUAAAGGCUGCCUCCCCAUCCCCCAGAGGCUGGGGGCAUAGUAACUAAAGGCUGCCUCCCCAUCCCCCAGAGGCUGGGGGCAUAGUAACUAAAGGCUGCCUCCCCAUCCCCCAGAGGCUGGGGGCAUAGUAACUAAAGGCUGCCUCUCCAUCCCCCAGAGGCUGGGGGCAUAGUAACUAAAGGCUGCCUCUCCAUGCCCCAGAGGCUGGGGGCAUAGUAACUAAAGGCUGUCUCCCCAUGCCCCAGAGGCUGGGGGCAUAGUAACUAAAGGCUGCCUCCCCAUGCCUCAGAGGCUGGGGGCAUAGUAACUAAAGGCUGCCUCUCCAUCCCCCAGAGGCUGGGGGCAUAGUAACUAAAGGCUGCCUCUCCAUCCCCCAGAGGCUGGGGACAUAGUAACUAAAGGCUGCCUCCCCAUCCCCCAGAGGCUGGGGGCAUAGUAACUAAAGGCUGCCUCCCCAUCCCCCAGAGGCUGGGGGCAUAGUAACUAAAGGCUGCCUCCCCAUCCCCCAGAGGCUGGGGGCAUAGUAACUAAAGGCUGCCUCUCCAUCCCUCAGAGGCUGGGGGCAUAGUAACUAAAGGCUGCCUCUCCAUCCCUCAGAGGCUGGGGGCAUAGUAACUAAAGGCUUCCUCUCCAUCCCCCAGAGGCUGGGGGCAUAGUAACUAAAGGCUGUCUCCCCAUGCCUCAGAGGCUGGGGGCAUAGUAACUAAAGUCUGCCUCUCCAUGCCUCAGAGGCUGGGGGCAUAGUAACUAAAGACUGCCUCCCCAUCCCCCAGAGGCUGGGGGCAUAGUAACUAAAGGCUGCCUCCCCAUCCCCCAGAGGCUGGGGGCAUAGUAACUAAAGGCUGCCUCUCCAUCCCUCAGAGGCUGGGGGCAUAGUAACUAAAGGCUGCCUCCCCAUCCCCCAGAGGCUGGGGGCAUAGUAACUAAAGGCUUCCUCUCCAUCCCCCAGAGGCUGGGGGCAUAGUAACUAAAGACUGCCUCCCCAUCCCCCAGAGGCUGGGGGCAUAGUAACUAAAGGCUGCCUCCCCAUCCCCCAGAUGCUGGGGGCAUAGUAACUAAAGGCUGCCUCCCCAUCCCCCAGAGGCUGGGGCCAUAGUAACUAAAGGCUGCCUCUCCAUCCCCCAGAGGCUUGGGGCAUAGUAACUAAAGGCUGCCUCUCCAUCCCUCAGAGGCUGGGGGCAUAGUAACUAAAGGCUGCCUCCCCAUCCCCCAGAGGCUGGGGGCAUAGUAACUAAAGGCUGUCUCUCCAUCCCCCAGAGGCUGGGGGCAUAGUAACUAAAGGCUGCCUCCCCAUCCCUCAGAGGCUGGGGGCAUAGUAACUAAAGACUGCCUCCCCAUCCCGCAGAGGCUGGGGGCAUAGUAACUCAAGGCUGCCUCCCCAUGCCCCAGAGGCUGGGGCCAUAGUAACUAAAGACUGCCUCCCCAUCCCCCAGAGGCUGGGGGCAUAGUAACUAAAGGCUGCCUCCCCAUGCCCCAGAGGCUGGGGGCAUAGUAACUAAAGGCUGCCUCUCCAUCCCUCAGAGGCUGGGGGCAUGGUAACUAAAGGCUGCCUCUCCAUGCCUCAGAGGCUGGGGGCAUAGUAACUAAAGGCUGCCUCGCCAUGCCUCUUGGUCCUAGGCUUUGGGAUGGUUAAAAGGCCAGUGCCAGAGGACCUGAGGGUCCUACUGGGUACAUAACUCAAAAGCAUGUCUGACAUGUAUUAGGGUGCACAAUUGUGGAUUGAUUUAAAAACCAAUAGAAGAAUCUUUAAAUUAAUUCACUCACUGGCAGCCAGUGCAAAUCAAAUCAAAUGUUAUUUGUCACAUGCACCAAAUACAACAGGUGUAGACCUUACAGUGAAAUGCUGACUGACAAGCCCUUAACCAACAAUGCCAUUUGAAGAGAAUAAGAGUAAAGAAAAUAUUUACUAAAUUAACAAAAGUUACAAAAUAAAAAUAAAUAAAAACAACACAAUAAAAUAACAAUAACGAGGCUAUAUACAGGGGGUACCGGUACCGAGUCAAUGCAAAUAGUCUGGGUAUCCAUUUGAUGAAUUGUUCAGCAGUCUUAUGGCUUGGGGGUAGAAGCUGUUAAGGAGCCUUUUGGACCUAGACUUGGCGCUUCGGUACCGCUUGCUGUGGGGUAGCAGAGAGAACAGUCUAUGACUAGGGUGGCUGGAGUCUUUCACAAUUUUUGGGGCCCUAGCAUAGAGGUCCUGGAUGGCAGGAAGCUUGGCCCCAGUGAUGUACUGGGCCAUACGCACUACCCUCUGUAACGCCUUACGGUCAGAUGCCGAGCAGUUGCCGUACCAGGCGGUGAUGCAGCCUGUCAGGAUGCUAUCGAUGGUGCAGCUGUAGAACUUUUUGAGGAGCUGAGGACCCAUGCCAAAUCUUUUCAGUCUCCUGAGGGAGAAUAGGCUUUGUCAUGCCCUCUUCACGACUGUCUUGGUGUGUUUGGACCAUGUUAGUUUGUUGGUGAUGUGGACACCAAGGAACUUGAAGCUCUCAACCUGUUCCACUACAGCCCGUCGAUGUGAAUGGGGGCGUGUUUGGCCCUCCUUUUCCUGUAGUCCACGAUCAGCUCCUUUGUCUUGCUCACAUUGAGGAAGAGGUUGUUGUCCUGGCACCACACUGCCAGGUCUCUGACAUCUUCCCUAUAGGCUUUCUCAUCGUUGUCGUGAUCAGGCCUACCACCAUUGUGUCAUCAGCAAACUUGAUGAUGGUGUUGGAGUCGUACUUGGUCAUGCAGUCGUGGGUGAACAGGGAGUACAGGAGGGGACUGAGCACGCACCCCUGAGGGGCCCCCGUGUUGAAGAUCAGCGUGGCAGAUGUGUUGUUGCCUACCCUUACCACCUGGGGGCGGCCUGUCAGGAAGUCCAGGAUCCAGUUGCAGAGGGAGGUGUUUAGUCCCAGGGUCCUUAGCUUAGUGAUGAGCUUUGAGGGCGCUAUGGUGUUGAACGCUGAGCUGUAGUCAAUGAAUAGCAUUCUCACAUAGGUGUUCCUCUUGUACAGGUGGGAAAGGGCAGUGUGGAGUGCAUUUGAGAUUGCGUCAUCUGUGGAUCUGUUGGGGCGGUAUGCGAAUUGGAGUGGGUCUAGGGUUUCUGGGAUAAUGGUGUUCAUUGACCAGCCUUUCAAAGCACUUCAUGGUGUCACUGGUGUAGAGAGGAGUGUGCAGGAGGGAGUUGCAGGUUUAGAAGUACUGAAUUUAUUUAAGCACCAUCGAUCAAAGUGGGAUGAAAACCAAACGCUGUUGUGCUCAAAAUAUAUCUUCAUAAACAAAAAGGCACAGGGCGAACCCAAAGUGCAAAAUAUAAAGUACUCAGGAAAUAGUAGGAGAGAUUCCUCUCAGGAAAACAAGUAACAUUUACAAUGACCGACAAAGACAAAUGGCAGAGGGAGUAUACUGUAUAUACAGUGAUAGAGUGGGGAUUGGAACCAGGUGUGUGUAAUGAUGACGAGACAAGGGUUGAUGAGUGAAGGGCGUUUGCCAGCAGUAGUUUCGGCAGCAGCUAGAAGGCCGGUGAUGCCGAAAGCCUGAGCUGGACAAGAGGGAGAGCCAAAGCGAAGGUUGGUGUGACACAUGGCUACAGAGGUGAGUGCUACGGUCGGUAGUCAUUUAGGCAGGUCACCUCUGCUUUCUUGGGCACAGGGACUAUGGUGGUCUGCUUGAAACAUGUAGGUAUUACAGACUCAGUCAGGGAGAGGUUGAAAAUGUCAGUAAAGACACUUGCCAGUUGGUCCGCGCAUGCUCUGAUUACACGUCCUGGUAAUCCGUCUGGCUUACCUUUGUGAAUGUUGACCUGUUUAAAGGUCUUGCUCACAUCAGCUACGGAGAGCGUGAUCACACAGUCGUCCGGAACAGAUGAUGCUCUCAUGCAUGCUUCAGUGUUGCUUGCCUCGAAGCGAGCAUAAAAGGCAUUUAGCUCAUCUGGUAGGCUCGCGUCACUGGGCAGCUCGCAGCUGGAUUUCCCUUUGUAGUCUGUAAUAGUUUACAAGCCCUGCCACAUCCGACGAGUGUCAGAGCCGGUGUAGUACGAUUCAAUCUUAGUCCUGUAUUGACGCUUUGCCUGUUUGAUGGUUUAUCUGAGGGCGUAGCGGGAUUUCUUAUAAGCGUCCGGGUUAGAGUCCCGUUCCUUGAAAGCGGCAGCUCUACCCUUUAGCUCAGUGCGGAUGUUUCCUGUAAUCCAUGGCUUCUGGUUGGGAAAUGUACGUAUGGUCACUGUGGGGACGACAUCAUCAAUGCACUUAUUGAUGAAGCCAGUGACUGAGGUGGUGUACUCCUCAAUGCCAUUGGAUGAAUCCCGGAACAUAUUCCAGUCUGUGCUAGCAAAACAGUCCUGUAGCUUAGCAUCUGCGUCAUCUGACCACUUCCGUAUUGAGUGAGUCACUGGUACUUCCUGCUUUAGUUUUUGCUUGUAAGCAGGAAUCAAUAGAAUAGAAUGAUGGUCAGAUUUGCCAAAUGGAGGGCGAGGGAGAGCUUUGUACGCGUCUCUGUGUGUGUAGUUUAGAGUUGUUUCUGCUUGCUGGUGGAAAUAAUGUAAAACUGAUUUAAAUUUGUCCCCGGCCAUUAUCUGGUGUAAAACCGGUGUAAUGUGUGCUCUCCGUCUGGUCUUGGUCAGUACCCGUGCUGCAGCAUUCUGAGUGUUUUGCAGUUGACCAAUGGCUGUCUUGGGUAGACCAGACAGGAGAGCAUUACAGUAGUCAAGCCAAGCAUGGAUGAGUCUCUCUGUACCACCCUGAGGGAGUCUCUCUGUACCACCCUGAGGGAGUCUCUCUGUACCACCCUGAGGGAGUCUCUCUGUACCACCCUGAGAGAGAAACAGCCGCACCUUGGCAAUGUUCCUCAGGUGGUAAAAAGCUAUUAUGGUAACAUUCCUAAUGUGUGAUUCGAAAUUGAGUUCAGAAACACUGUUUUUUACCUGGUGUUUUAUCUUUAUUGCCCGUGAAUUAAAAUUUGCGGCCAGAUUCUCUCUGUGCUUUGGCUCCAACAAUAAGUACCUCGGUCUUGACUUGAUUUAGCUGGAGGAAGUUGUGAGCCAUCCAAUUAUUUAAAUCACUGAUAUAGUCUGAUAAUUUAUCUGUGGAACUAAAAAGUUGUGUAUCGUCUGCGUAGCAGUGAAAAUAAAUGCUGUGCUUUCUGAUAAUGCUGCCAAGGGGUAACAUACACCAAAUGACCAAAAGUAUAUGAACACCUGCUCGGCGAACAUCUCAUUCCAAAAUCAUGGGCAUUAAUAUUGGGUGGGUCCCCCGUUUGCUGCUAUAACAGCCUCCACUCUUCUGGGAAGGCUUUCCACUAGAUGUUGGAACAUUGCUGCAGGGACUUGCUUCCAUUCAGCCACAAGAUGCAUUAGUGAGGUCGGGCACUGAUGUUGGGCGAUUAGGCCUGGCUCGCAGUCGGCGUUCCAAUUAAUCCCAAAGGUGUUCGAUGGGGUUGAGGUCAGGGCUCUGUGCAGGCAAGUCAAGUUCUUCCACACCGAUCUCGACAAACCAUUUCUGUAUGGACCUCGCUUUGUACACAGGGGCAUUGUCAUGCUGAAACAGGAAAGGGCCUUCCCCAAACUGUUGCCACAAAGUUGGAAGCACAGAAUCGUCUAGAAUGUCAUUGGAACUAAGGGGCCUAGCCCGAACCAUGAAAGCCCAAACCAUGAAAAACAACCCCAGACCAUUAUUCCUCAUCCACCAAACUUUACAGUUGGCACUAUGCAUUCGGGUAGGUAGCAUUUUCCUGGCAUCCACCAAACCUAGAUUAAUCCGUCGGACUGCCAGAUGGUGAAGCGUGACUCAUCACUCCAGAGAACGAGUUUCCACUACUCCAGAGUCCAAUGGCUGCUCGGCCAUGGAAACCCAUUUCAUGAAGCUCCCGACGAACAGUUCUUGUGCUGACGUUGCUUCCAGAGGCAGUUGGGAACUCGGUAGUGAGUUUUGCAACCAAGGACAGAUGAUUUUUACGCGUUACACGUUUCAGCACACGGCAGUCCCGUUCUGUGAGCACAUGUGGCCUACCACUUCGUGGCUGAGCCGGGGCAGCUCUAGCAGGGCAGAAUUUUGACGAACUGACUUGUUGGAAAGGUGACAUCAUAUAUUGGUGCCACGUUGAAAGUCACUGAGCUCUUCAGUACGGGCCAUUCUACUGCCAAUGUUUGUCUAUGGAGAUUGCAUGGCUGUGUGCUCGAUUUUAUACACCUGUCAGCAACGGGUGUGGCUGAAAUAACCGAAUCCACUAAUUUGAAGGGGUGUCCACAUACAUUUGUAUAUACUGUAUAGUGUACAUAAACUGAACCGGUCCCAAAAUCGAAUCUUGUGGAACGCCACAUGUUAUAUCUAUUUUCUCUGAGUUUUCUAUUUUCUCUGUUAUGGUGAAAUGCUUGUGUAGCACCAACAGUGCAGCUGAAUUUCUUCAGCCUCCUGAAUUUGAAAAGGCGUUGUUGGAUUGACCAUUUCAGAUUGUCAUUGAUGUAUUCGCAGAGGAACUUGAAGCUUUUUACCUUCUCCACUGCGGCCCCGUCGAUGUGGAUAGGGGCGUGCUCCCUCUGCUGUCUCCUGAAGUACACAAUAAGCUGCUUCGUUUUGUUGACGUUGAGAGAGAGGUUAUUUUCCUGGCUCCACUCUGCCAAGGCCCUCACCUCCUCCCUGUAGGCUGUCUCGUCGUUGUUGUAAUCAGGCCUACCACUGUUGUGUCGUCUGCAUACUUGAUGAUUGUGUUGGGAUGUGCGUGGCUACGCAGUCAUGGGUGAACAGGGAGUACAGGAGGGAGCUUAGCACGCACCCUUGUGGGGCCCCUGUGUUGAGGAUCAGCGAAGUGGAGGUGUUGUUUCCUAUCUUCACCACCUGGGGGCGGCCUGUCAGGAAAUCCAGGACCCAGUUGCACAGGGCGGGGUUCAGACCCAGGGCCCCGAGCUUAAUGAUGGGCUUGGAGCUUACUAUGGUGUUGAAGGCUGAGCUACAGUCAAUGAACAGCAUUCUAACAUAGGUAUUCCUCUUGUCCAGAUGGGAUAGGGCAGUGUGCAGUGCAAAGGCGAGGUGAUAUGAUCCUUAACUAGCCUCUCAAAGCACUUCAAAGCGCUAUGGGGCGAUAGACAUUUAGUUCAAUUACCUUUGCUUUCUUGGGUAAAGGAACAAUGGUGGACAUCUUGAAGCAAGAGGGGACAGCAGACUGGGAAAGGGAGAGAUUGAAUAUGUCCGUAAACACACCAGCCAGCUGGUCUGCACAUGCUCUGAGGACGCGGCUAGGGAUGCCGUCUGGGCCGGCAGCCUUGCUAGGGUUAACACGCUUAAAUGUCUUACUCACGUCGACCGUGGAGAACGAAAGCUCACAGUCCUCGGGAGUGGCUGCAUAGGUGGCACGGUGUUAUCCUCAAAGCAGACGAAGAAGGUGUUUCAAGACGCUGGUGUCCACGAUGUGCCUGGUUUUCCCUUUGUAAUCCGUGAUUGUCUGGAGUCCAUGCCACAUACGUCUCUGGUCUGAGCCUUUGAAUUGCGACUACACUUUGUCUCUGUACUGAUGUUUUGCCUGUUUGAUUCCCUUAUGGAGGGCAUAACUGGACUGUUUGUAUUCUACCAUAUUCCCAGUCACCUUGAAACGGUUUUUGGUUUGGUAGGUUUUAAUUGUCACAGUGGGAACAACAUCCCCUAUACACUCCCUGAUUAACUCAGUCUCCGUGACCGUUUACAUGUCAAUGUUAUUCUCAGAGGCAACCCGGAACAUAUCCAAGUCCACAUGAUCAAAACAAUCUUGAAGCAUUGAUUCCGAUUGGUCUGACCAACAUUGAAUAGACCUUAGCACGGGUACUUCCUCUUUGAGUUUCUGCCUAUAGGAAGGGAGGAGCAGAAUGGAGUCAUGAUCUGACUUGCCAAAGGGAGGGCGGGGGAGGGCCUUAUAGCCAUCCCGGAAGGGAGAGUAACAAUGAUUGAACGUUUUCGAAGCGCGAGUACUACAGGCAAUGUGUUGAUAGAACUUUGGAAGAGUAUCCCUCAGAUUUGCUUUGUCAAAGUCCCCAGCUACAAUAAAUGCGGCCUCAGGAUAUGCGGUUUCCAGUUUGCACAAAGUCCAGUGUAGUUCCUUUUGAGCCGUCAUGGUAUCGGCUUGAGGGGGAAUAUACAUAAUUAAUGUAGUUCCGUAUUAUGUCAUGUUUAAUGUUGUGUGUGGACCCCAGGAAGAGUAGCUGCUGCAUUCUCAACAGCUAAUGGGGAUCCUAAUAAAAUACCAAAUACCAAAAUACACAGCUGUGACAAUAACCGAAGAGAAUUCUCUUGGGAGGUAAUGCAGUCAGCAUUUGAUUGUGAGGUAUUCAAGGUCGAGUGAACAAAAGGACUUGAGUUCCUGUACGUUACCACAAUCACACCAUGAGUAGUUAAUCAUGAAACACCUCCGCCUUUCUUCUUCCCGGAGAGUUCUUUAUUCCUAUCUGCGCGAUGUACUGAGAACCCAGCUGGCUGCAUGGACGGGGACAGUAUAUCCGGAGAGAACCAUGAUUCCGUAAAACAGAGUAUGUUACAGUCCCUGAUGUCUCUCUGGAAGGAAAUCUUCGCCCUGAGCUCGUCUACUUUAUUGUCCAGGGACAUUAGCGAGUUAUCACGUUUCAGGAGAAGACCCAGAUGCAGACAGUGUCGAAGUAACAAAAGUUGAUUACAAAAACAGGGGGCAGGCAAACAACAGGUCAAGGGCAGGCAGAGGUCAGUAAUCCAGAUCAGAGUCCAAAAGGUACAGAACGGCAGGCAGUCUCAGGGUCAGGGCAGGCAGAGGUAAAUUAUUCAGGGUUGUGUGACAAGGUACCAAAUGGCAGGCAGGCUCAGGGUCAGGGCAGGCAGAAUGGUCAAAACCGGGAAAACUAGAAAACAGGAACUUGAGAAAGACAGGAGCAAGGGGAAAAACGCUGGUAGGCUUGACGAAACAAAACAAAUUGGCAACAGACAAACAGAAAACACAGGUAUAAAUACACUGGGGAUAAUGGGGAAGAUGGGCGACACCUGGAGGGGUUGGAGACAAUCACAAAGACAGGUGAAACAGAUCAGGGUGUGACAGUAUCCCCCCUCUAGGGCCUGGCGUCCUACCUGGGUGCAUACCUGGUUGACCGGGGUGUCGGCGUUGAAACUCAGCGAUGAGGCCUGGGUCUAGGAUGUCCCUAGCGGGGACCCAGCACCUCUCCACUGGGCCAUAACCCUCCCAGUCAACCAGGUACUGGAAUCCCCUGCCCCAAGGUCGAACCUUCAGGAGACGCCUCACAACACGGCCAGCUGGCCGUCGAUGAGACAGGGAGAGGGGUGGGCCUGGAAACAGGAGACAAAGGGCUGUGAGACAUGGGUUUGAUCCUAGACACAUGAAAUGUGGGAUGUAUAUGGAGGGUACGGGGCAACAGAAGGUACAACGACAGCGGCGGACAAACAUCUGGGCCGAGGGUAUGCCGACCUCUUUCUCUUGCUCUGGGAAGAGCGGGAGCUGAUAACCCAGGGAACACUCAAAGGUUGAAAGACCUGUGGCAGAGCAGGGAAGGGUGUUGAGGGCGUAUUCAACCCACACUAGUUGCUGGCUUCAUGUGGUGGGGUUGGCGGAGAUCAGGCAGCGCAGAGUCGUCUCAACCUCUUGGUUGGCUUGCUCCUGUUCUUGGGGACCUUCAUUGCUGCAGAAUUUGUUUUUGUUUUUUGUACCCUUACCCAGAUCUGUGCCUCGACACAAUCCUGUCUCAGAGCUCUACAGACAUUUCCUUCGACCUCAUGGCUUGGUUUUUACUUUGAUAUGCGCUGUCAACUGUGGGACCUUAUAUAGACAGGUGUGUGCCUUUGCAGGUCAUGUCCAAUCAAUUGAAUUUACGACAGGUGAACUCCAAUCAAGUUGUAGAAAUAUCUCAAGGAUGAUCAAUGAAAACAGGACGCGCCUGUGCUUAAUUUUUAGUCUCAUAGCAAAGGGUCUGAAUACUUGUAAAUAAGGUAUUUCUGUUUUUUAUUUGUAAUAAAUUUGCAAAACAAUCUGAAAACCUGUUUUCACUUUAUCAUUAUUGUAGCGGGUGAUUUUGAUGGAGUCAGGCACAGGAGGGUAAAUUACAGAAUAAAUGGUUUGUUCGGCAAAUACAGCGGUACGCAGCAAUGAGUAAAACACUACAGUGCGGUAUAACGGCACACUGGAGAAAACAAAGCACACGGGUGAAUAUCCUGGCGAUGCAAAUAUAUAAAGCUCCACCGAGCUACCGUCACCUCCACAAUAAACAAUCACACACAAAGACAUGGGGGGCAGAGGGAAUAUUUAUACAGGUACUGAUGACGGGAUAUGAACCAGGUGUGUGUAAAAACAAGACAAAACAAAUGGAAUGAUGAGAUGAGGAGCGGCAGUGGCUAGAAGGCCGGUGACGACGAACGCCGAAGCCUGCCCUAACAAGGAGAGGAGGCAGCUUUGGAGGAAGUCAUGACAAUUAUGGGGUAUUGUGAGGAAAACAAUUAAUUUAAUCAAUUUUAGAAUAAGGCUGUAACGUAACAAAAUGUGGAAAAGGGGAAGGGGUCUGAAUACUUUCCAAAUGCGCUGUAAAUUCAAUCGCUUUGGGGGGUACGAACAAAGGAUCCAAUUCAGGAAAGUCGUAUUUCUGGUCGAAAUGCUGGUGAGUUACCACCGCUUUGAUAUCCAGAAGUUCUUUCCGUCUGUAUGUAAUAAUGCAAAAAACAUUCUGGGCUAAUAAUGUAAGAAAAACACACAAAUACAUAAAAAAUACUGCAAAGUGGCUAAGGAGCUAGAAGUAGAGCUGCCAUGUCUAUUGGUGCCAUAUUGUCAACACCAAGGGUGACCAAAAACUCUCGACCGGUUAAAUUGGUCUUAAACCAAUUUAGAACUGGACUGAAAAGGCCAACCCACCUCUCCAGGCUGUCCAGAAGGACAUCAUGGUCAGCAGAGGUCAACCACCUCUCCAGUCUGGCCAGAAGGACAUCAUGGUCAGCAGAGGCCAACCCACCUCUCCAGUCUGUCCAGAAGGACAUCAUGGUCAACAGAGGCCAACCACCUCUCCAGUCUGUCCAGAAGGACAUCAUGGUCAACAGUGUCGAAUGCGGCACUUAAAUCCAAGAGCACAAGGACAGAGAGCUGUUUGGCAUCUGUGUUGGCUCUAAGAUCAUUUAUCACUUUAGCUAAGGCUGUCUCUGCACAAAAAACAGAUAGGAAUAAUUUGAAAACUAAUUUGUCCAGAAUUUUGCCUAAGAAUGGAAGAUUGGAGAUUGGCCGAAAAUUGCUAAGAGCUGAAGAAUCCAGAUGACUUUUCUUCAGAAGGGGUUUCACCAUAGCAGUUUGUAGUGCAGUGGGGAAAGUGCCUGUGAACAGGGAGUGAUUAGCAAUAGCUUGCACUUCUUCAGAUAUGCAAUUAACUGUUUUGAAGAAGGUGGUGGGGAUAGGAUCGAGAAGGCAGGUAGAAGGCUUAAGUUGUGAUAUCACUUUCCUGUGCAUGUCUGAGUCAACCUGGGAAAAUAACUCCAUAGUGCCUUUGCGUGGUAGGCUUGGGCACAUGUCAUCAAACUUCUCAUCAGUUCUUGCUUGACUGAUACCCAGCCUAAUGUUUGUCAUCUUAUCUCACAUAUAAAAUAACAAAUUAAACAUAUUAAAGUGGUUCAACUGGUUUACAUACUCCCCCCUAAACACUGGGACCAUCUGGGCAUUAACAUUACAAUGGGACCAGCUGGCCAUUAACACUACACUGGGAACAACUGGGCAUUAACACUACACUGGGAACAACUGGGCAAUAACAUUACACUGGGACCAGCUGGGGAUUAACAUUACACUGGGACCAUCUGGGCAUUAACAUUACACUGGGACCAGCUGGGCAAUAACAUUACACUGGGACCAGCUGGGCAUCAACAUUACACUGGGACCAGCUGGGGAAUAACAUUACACUGGGACCAUCUGGGCAUUAACAUUACACUGGGACCAGCUGGGCAUCAACAUUACACUGGGACCAUCUGGGGAUUAACACUACAAUGGGACCAGCUGGGCAUCAACAUCACACUGGGACCAUCUGGGCAUUAACACUAAACUGGGAACAACUGGGCAAUAAUAUUACACUGGGACCAGCUGGGCAUUAGCAUUACACUGGAACCAGCUGUGCAUUAGCAUUACACUGGGACCAGCUGGGCAUUAACAUUACACUGGAACCAGCUGGGGAUUAGCAUUACACUGGGACCAGCUUGGCAAUAACAUUACAAUUGGACCAGCUGGGCCCUAAGGAACACCACACACAUACAGUACUUAAACAUUACACACACCACACGUAAUAUUGAAUUACUAGAUUGAAUACCCGUGUUUCAGUUUUAACCUACCCGUGUCUCAGACCUACCCAUGUUUCACAUCUACCCUUGUUUCAUACCUACCUGUGUUCAGACGUGCUUUUAGCCUACCCAUGUUUAACAUCUACCCGUGUUUCACACCUACCCGUGUUCAGACAUGCUUCAAACCUACCCGUGUUUCAGACCCAGGAUUGGGGUAAAUUCCAGUUAAAUUCCAGUCAAUUCAGGAAGUAAACUGAUAUUUAAACAAGAAAUCCAAUUCUCUUCACUGCUUUUAAAUUAGGAACAUUUGGAAUUGAAAUUCGGCUUACUUUCUUUUUUUUCUUUUUUUCAGGCUGUCUCCAUCCCAGCACUAACCAGGCCCGUACUAACCAGGCCCGACCCUGAACAGGCUGUCUCCAUCCCAGUACUAACCAGGCCCGUACUAACCAGGCCCGACCCUGAACAGGCUGUCUCCAUCCCAGCACUAACCAGGCCCGACCCUGAACAGGCUGUCUCCAUCCCAGUACUAACCAGGCCCGACCCUGAACAGGCUGUCUCCAUCCCAGUACUAACCAGGCCCGUACUAACCAGGCCCGACCCUGAACAGGCUGUCUCCAUCCCAGCACUAACCAGGCCCGACCCUGAACAGGCUGUCUCCAUCCCAGUACUAACCAGGCCCGACCCUGAACAGGCUGUCUCCAUCCCAGUACUAACCAGGCCCGUACUAACCAGGCCCGACCCUGAACAGGCUGUCUCCAUCCCAGCACUAACCAGGCCCGACCCUGAACAGGCUGUCUCCAUCCCAGUACUAACCAGGCCCGACCCUGAACAGGCUGUCUCCAUCCCAGCACUAACCAGGCCCGUACUAACCAGGCCCGACCCUGAACAGGCUGUCUCCCAUCCCAGCACUAACCAGGCCCGUACUAACCAGGCCCGACCCUGAACAGGCUGUCUCCAUCCCACCACUAACCAGGCCCGACCCAUAACAGGCUGUCUCCAUCCCACCACUAACCAGGCCCGACCCUGAACAUGCUGUCUCCAUCCCAGUACUAACCAGGCCUGACCCUGAACAGGCUGUCUCCAUGCCAGUACUAACCAGGCCCGUACUAACCAGGCCUGACCCUGAACAUGCUGUCUCCAUCCCACCACUAACCAGGCCCGACCCAGAACAGGCUGUCUCCAUCCCACCACUAACCAGGCCCGACCCAGAACAGGCUGUCUCCAUCCCAGUACUAACCAGGCCCGACCCUGAACAUGCUGUCUCCAUCCCAGUACUAACCAGGCCUGACCCUGAACAGGCUGUCUCCAUCCCAGUACUAACCAGGCCCGACCCAGAACAGGCUGUCUCCAUCCCAGUACUAACCAGGCCUGACCCUGAACAGGCUGUCUCCAUCCCACCACUAACCAGGCCCAACCCUGAACAGGCUGUCUUCAUCCCACCACUAACCAGGCCCGACCCUGAACAGGCUGUCUCCAUCCCACCACUAACCAGGCCCGACCCUGAACAGGCUGUCUCCAUCCCACCACUAACCAGGCCCGACCCUGAACAGGCUGUCUCCAUCCCACCACUAACCAGGCCCGACCCUGAACAGGCUGUCUCCAUCCCAGUACUAACCAGGCCCGUACUAACCAGGCCCGACCCUGAACAGGCUGUCUCCAUCCCAGUACUAACCAGGCCCGACCCUGAACAUGCUGUCUCCAUCAUGCUGUCUCCAUCCCAGUACUAACCAGGCCCGUACUAACCUGGCCUGACCCUGAACAUGCUGUCUCCAUCCCAGUACUAACCAGGCCCGUACUAACCUGGCCUGACCCUGAACAGGCUGUCUCCAUCCCAGUACUAACCAGGCCCGUACUAACCAGGCCCGACCCUGAACAGGCUGUCUCCAUGCCAGUACUAACCAGGCCCGUACUAACCAGGCCCGACCCUGAACAGGCUGUCUCCAUCCCAGCACUAACCAGGCCCGUACUAACCAGGCCUGACCCUGAACAGGCUGUCUCCAUCCCAGCACUAACCAGGCCCGUACUAACCAGGCCCGACCCUGAACAGGCUGUCUCCAUCCCAGUACUAACCAGGCCCGUACUAACCAGGCCCGACCCUGAACAGGCUGUCUCCAUCCCAGUACUAACCAGGCCCGUACUAACCAGGCCCGACCCUGAACAUGCUGUCUCCAUCCCAGCACUAACCAGGCCCGUACUAACCAGGCCCGACCCUGAACAGGCUGUCUCCAUCCCAGUACUAACCAGGCCCGUACUAACCAGGCCUGACCCUGAACAGGCUGUCUCCAUCCCAGCACUAACCAGGCCCGUACUAACCAGGCCCGACCCUGAACAGGCUGUCUCCAUCCCAGUACUAACCAGGCCCGUACUAACCAGGCCCGACCCUGAACAGGCUGUCUCCAUCCCAGCACUAACCAGGCCCGUACUAACCAGGCCCGACCCUGAACAUGCUGUCUCCAUCCCAGCACUAACCAGGCCCGUACUAACCAGGCCCGACCCUGAACAGGCUGUCUCCAUCCCAGCACUAACCAGGCCCUGA